AUGGUGACUUCAAUUGCUACCUUCGCGGCAUUUCUUGCAGUCGGAUUGGUAUCGAGCUCUCCGAUCAAAGCUCGUACUCCAUAUGCUGUGAAGGAAACUCAUCAUCCGCCACCUCAAUGGCAAAAAGUGGGACCUGCUCGUUCAAACCAUAUGAUUAAUCUUCAAAUUGGUUUGAAGCAAGGUCAAUUCGAUGAAUUGGAGCGUCAUCUUUAUGAAGUCUCUGAUCCUGAUCACCAUCGUUAUGGUCAACAUCUCAGUGCUGAUGAGGUGAAUGAUCUUGUUAAGCCUUCUGACGAAACUCAUAAUCUCGUUCAUGAAUGGCUUCAAGACAACAACAUUGAACCGGCCUCUCUUGAAUACAGUCCAGCGAAAGAUUGGAUUAAAGUUACCAUCUCCAUUGAGGAUAUUGAAACUCUUCUCGACACCGAAUAUUCAACAUAUCGACAUGAAGAUGGAGAAUACAUCGUUCGAACUCCGGAAUGGUCUUUACCUCUUCAUCUCCACGAUCACAUCGAGACAAUCCAACCUACCAAUUCUUUCUUCAAACCACGCCCUGUAGCAAAGACUAUGAAGAAAAUCAAUGAAGCUGCAGAGUAUCAAGCAUUAGCACCAUCAAACUACAAACCUCCUACCGUUGGUCAAACUGCGGCAGAUGUAUGCAAUGUCUCCUCCGUAACCCCACUUUGUCUUCGAACUCUUUACGGUACCGUAGACUACAAGGUUCAAGCAGCUGGCAAAAACAAGAUGGCUCUUACAAACUACCUCGGUGAAUCUAACAACCGAUCUGACACCAAACUCUUCCUUGAACAAUACAGACCCGAAGCAGCAUCAGCAGCAUACAGUUUCGAUGUAAAAGUUAUUAAUGGGGGUAACAAUGAUCAAGGUCAAGAAAAUGCUACAGAACUCAAAGCUGGCAAAGAUCUUGAAGGAAAUUUGGAUUCUGAAACCAUGUUGGGAAUUGGUUAUCCAACUCCAUUGAUCGCUUACACAACCGGAGGGUCCCCUCCUUUUACCCCAGAUGAGCAAACACCUACUGAUAAUAAUGAGCCUUACCUCGUAUGGUUACAAUAUGUGCUCAGCCAAAAGAAUCUUCCAGGAGUUGUCAGUAACUCAUAUCAAGAUACUGAACAAACUGUUCCAUACUCUUACGCCGUUUCCGUCUGCAAAGGCUUUGCCCAACUGGGAGCCAGAGGUGUUUCCGUUCUUUUCGGAUCUGGAGAUAACGGUGUCGGAGCAGAUGGUACAUGUAUUUCGAAUGUGGACAACAGCACUACUUUCCUCGCCAUGUUUCCUUCUACUUGUCCUUACGUUACAUCAGUUGGCGGAACCAAAUUCAUCAACCCAGAAGUCGUAGCUACCGAUGCCCGUAAUGGAUAUGUCUCCGGCGGUGGAUUUUCUCGCUACUUCCCUCGUCCUUCUUGGCAAGAUUCAGCUGUUAAACCAUAUCUCGCUUCUCUACCUAAGAACAUUACGAGCUUCUUCAACGCGACCGGUCGCGCCUUCCCAGAUAUCGCUGCCCAAGGAUACGCUUACAUCACGGUUUGGAACGGCACUACUGUUCACCUCGAUGGAACUUCAGCUGCUACUCCUACUGCUUCGGCAAUUCUCGCUUUGAUCAACGAUGCGUUGAUCGCAGCGGGAAAACCAACUUUGGGAUGGUUAAACCCGUGGUUGUAUAAGAAGGGAUAUAAAGCAUUCACAGAUGUGACGGUGGGAUCUGCAACUGGAUGCGGUACUAAUGGAUUCCCUGCAACAACUGGCUGGGACGCGGCAACCGGUUUCGGUACUCCUUAUUUCCCCAAAAUCAAACAACUCGUCUUGGGCUCCGCCGGUCAUGGAUCUAACUGA